GUGUUUCGACAGAGGUUCCUUAUUAUAUUUUUAUAUGGAUAACAAAAUUAAUUGCUGCUUUGUAAAUAAUUACGAAGCUUGUUAUAAACAAUCAUAUUUAUAUAUAUAUAUAUAUUGACAGCAAUGAUCGUAAGCUACUUGAAAAAUGAACAAAUCUGAAACAAGAACAAAUUACUAAAAUAUGCACACACCAUCAUGAUAUUUUAGUUGUAAGAUAUGAGAGUAAUCAGAAAACUUGCUGUAAUCCAUUUCUAAGUCACCAAAAGGUGUGUAGAGCAUCUUUACGUGUGAUUACAAUGCAUACUGUGUUAGAAGCAGAAACUAUAGGUUUAAAUCUUAUACCUGGAAAAAAACUGUGUCUAACCUGUCGAAGUAAAGUUAUAACAUGUUUAUCAAAAAGUAUAAGUGAAAAUAAAAAUGAUGAAGAUUUUGAUAUUGUUAAUGAAAGAUCUAUUCAAAAUAAAAAAGAAAGUGUAGAUACAUACUUUGCAUCUGCCGCAGUAUCUCCAAUUAAGGUCAAAGGAUUGCACAAGUGUAAUGAACUAAUAAAAAGAUUGACCUCUUGAUUAAAUCUUUAGAUUUGUACAACUAUUUAACAAUAAUUGUACUAAUCUAAAGAUAAAAGAAAAUAGACACAUUUAUAUAACAAAUAGUUCAAUAACAAAAAAUAGAAAACACAACUAUCUUCCCAUCUAUGUAGAAAAGAACCCAUAAACUAGUUUUAUCAUUUUAAAAUAUAGUCAUCAUAUUUUACAGGAGCUUUACAAGCUCUGGCAGAACGUCAUAAUACAUCAGUAAAUGGCUCAGUUACUGGCUCAUCUACCCUAACUCUGAUUUCCGAUGCAAUUUCAGGGAGGGGUCUUUAUUUACAUCAAGUACUUUGGCAGUUACAUUCUCACUAGACUCAUUGAUACUAUUCUCAUUGAUAUCAUUAAACUUUUCUCUUGGGGCAGGAUACGGUGCAAGAUCUUGAAGUGAAACAGUUGACUCUCGUCCAUCAGGGUAACAAAUAUUAGCAUAUAUUGGAUUUACAUCCACUAAUUCAACCUUAUCCACGAGAUUAUCGUUUUUGUUUGUACGCACAAAACGUCUUGGAAAAAUUGGGCCAGGAGUUAACGAAAAGUAGCGAACAGAGUGAGUGGAGAGCGUCUGAUAGAACAAUAUCCCGAUUUCUAACAUCUAGGUUGUAGGUUUUUAGUGCCAAACAAAUAUUUUUCCAGAUCAAGCCAUUAUAUCUCUUAACUUGUCCAUUACUGAUAGGAUGAUAUGGGGUAGAAUUACUUGUUGCAAUUCUUUUCUGAGUAAGGUAAGAUUUUAAUUCAUUAGAUAUUGGGUUGAUGAGCCUCUGUCGGAAUGAAUGUACAUUGGAAAACCACAAAAGGAGAAUAUUUGAUCUAAACACUUCACAACAGUUGUUGAACUAAUAUCAGGACAUGGGAAAGCAAAUGGAUACCGAGAAUAUUCAUCAAUGACUAUAAACAGAUAUUUAUUUCUAGAAUUAGAUGGCAAUGGUCCUUUAAAAUCUAUACUUAGGUGAUCAAUUGGACGUAUUGACUUGAUUAACUCACAGACAUUUGAGGAUCGAUAAACUUUGGUUUUAAUUCUGAACAAAUCUGGCAGUUAGAACAAACUCUCUUGACCUCUUCUGUAGAAAAAGGUAAAAUUUUUAGAUUUAACAAAGUGAAGCAUACGAGUAACUCCUGGGUGACAUAGACAGCUAUGUAUACCACUUAGGUUUGUUUGAGAUUGAGUUGUAGCACAAAAACACGUGUGAGUGCAUCAGGGACAAUAUUAUCACUUCCAGGACGAUACGAUAUAGUAUAACUAAACUCUGCUAACUCCAUCCUCCAGCAUUGAAUCUUACUAUUUUUAAUCUUUGUUUUCUUUCGGUUAUCAAAUAUAAAAGCUACAGAACGCUGAUCAGUAAUUAAUUUAAAUUGAUUCCGUAACAGUAAAUGUCGCCAUUUUCGAACGACUUCAAUAAUAGCCACAGCUUCUUUUUCUACUGAUGGGUAAUUGAUUUCACUUUUGCCUAAUGUUCGAGACAUAAAGGCAACUGGACGACCAUUCUGAUUCAAGGUAACUGAUACGGCUACAUCUGAUGCAUCACAUUCAACAACUAAAGGUAAGCUCUCAUCAAUAGAACUCAAAGUGGCAGCAUGAAGUUCUCUUUUAAGAAAUUGAAAUGCUUUAAGUGCCUCACUAUUGAUAGGAAAAGAUUUUACAUUAAUUAAAGGCCGAACUUUAUUAGCAAACGAAGGUAUCCACUUUGAAUAAUAAGAAAACAUACUCAAAGUUCACCUAAAUGAUAAAAUGUUAGAAGGAGGAGGUAGUAAGUCUAAAGGACAUAAUCGCUCAGAAUCUGGUUUUAUGUUGUUAUGACUAACGCAAUAAUCAAGAAUGUUUAUAGAAGAAGCUGAAAUAACCGGUUUUGAUUCAUUUAAAGUUAGACCCAACGUUGUGAAGCGUCUUGAAACCGCAGACAAUUUUUAUCAUGAUGUGCCUGAUCAUAACCACCAAUGGUUAUAUUGUCAAGAUAUGGAAAAGUGUCAUGUAACUUUUCUUCUUCAACAAACUUGUCCAUAGACCUUUGAAACUUAGACACACCAUUAGUAACUCCAAAUGGAAUCCUGCAAAAUUGAAAUAGUUUCCCAUUUGCCUCAAAUGCUGUAUACUUUUUGUCUGAAUUUUUAAUAGGGAUUUGGUGGUAAGCACAAGUCAAAUGUAGAGAAUACUUUGUACUUUGCAAGUCUAUUUAUCAUAUCAUUUAUUCUGGGAAGAGGAUAUGCAUCUAACUCAGUGUAAAGGUUAACUGUUUGAGAUUAAUCAAUACAAAGGAUUAAUAGUCAUAGCAUUGAGUGUUGCUGAGGGUUCUUCUGGUAAUUUUAUAGCGGCAACAAUAUUUUAAUUGGAGGAAAUCGAGGAUGUUUUCUGCAUAUAAGAAUAUGAGUUUCUUUGUGCAACGUCAAGAGAACAAGCUUGAUUAAAUGCUGAUUGCAAAUUCAAUGUUGAAUUUUCAAGAAGUCGUUGACGAAUGUAAUUCGAAUUUAUUCCAGAAAUAAAAGCAUCUCUUAUUUGUUCCUCUCGAUAUUGUUCAGCUGAAACAUCCUUGUAGUUACAGUUUUUACUGAGUUUACGUAGUUCCUGAAGAAAGUUUUCUGAUGAUUCACUCGAUGUUUGAUGUCUUAUAAGUAAUUGAUGCCUUGCAAAAUUUUCAUUAGGGGUUUUUAUAUAUAAGUUUUCUAGGGUUUCAAUUACACUUUCAUAGGAAUCACACUCUUCAAUGUAGUCAUAAACAUUUGAUGAAACAAAAUUAAUGAUGGAGCGAAAUUUGUCUGAAGCAUCCUCUCCACGAUCCUCAAUAAAUUUUUCAAAUGUUCGUUUCUAAUGCUUCCAUUCUUUUGAAGCAGAUGGUGCAUUAUGAUCAAGAUCAAGCCUCGUCGGUUUUAAGAUCUUUGACAUUUCCCAAUAAUUUUAUAUGUUUGUUAAAUAAAUUGUAAUGAACUAAUAAAAAGAUUGACCUCUUGAUUAAGGCUUUAUUUAGCAAUAAUUAUACUAAUCUAAAGAUACAAGAAAAUAGACACAUAUAAAACAAAUAGUUCAAUAACAAAAAAAUAGAAAACACAACAACAAGUCAGGUAAAAUCAGAGAAGGUAAACGAAAAUUGACAGCAUUAACAACCUCCAUUAAAAAAAAGGUAGCCAUUUCCCUUAAUAUAUCAGAAGAAAGUUUUGAAGAGCAGUCAAGUUUUAAUAAUGAGUAUAUAGAAAAAGCAAACUUGUUUGAUAACAUGAUGGUAUUGUUAACUAACAAAGUUGCAGAGUCUACAUCAACAUCAAAAAAAGUACAACUUGCGACACUUGCUCCAACAGACUGGUCAAUAAAAAAGGUAUCUAAAACAUUGCAUGUAACAAACUAUGUAGCUCGAACUGCACAUAAGUUAACAUUAGAAAAAGGUAUUUUAACCAUGCCUAAUCCUAAAUUAGGAAAAGAUCUUCCUGAUGUAACAGUUCAACUGGUCAAGACCUUUUACAAAGACAAUGAACAUAGUCGUAUAAUACCUGGUAAAAAGGACUAUGUAAGCAUAAAGAAAAAUGUCCACAUGCAAAAACGUUUGCUCUUAUGUAAUUUAAAGGAAUUGUUUGUUGCCUUUAAAACCAAGAACCCAGAAAUAAAAAUAAAAUUUUCAAGGUUUUGCACCUUGCGACCUAAAUGGUGUAUUACUGUUGGUGCCUCAGGAACACAUUCUGUAUGCGUCUGUGCUAUUCAUCAAAUUUGAAUCUGCUUUUACAUCCUCUUGGUGUGACAUACAAAGAAAUGUUACCUUAUAUUGUCUGUGAUAUAACUAAUAAAAACUGUAUGACGAGGAAAUGUGAAAAAUGCCCAGCAACUAUGAAUGCGUUGGUUGAAAAACUUUAUGAUAUACUUGGAGAGUUUGAAGAUGAUGAUGAGAUUGAAUUUGAUCAAUGGACAACAACAGAUAGGUCAAACUUGACACAUAAUAUAGAGCCAGUGUUUGAAUACAUUGAACUAGUAUGUAGAAAACUGGAAAAAAUUGCACCACAUUAGUAUUUAGCAAAGAGUCAAGCAUUAUAUCUGAGAUCAAGAAAGGAAGAUAUGAAUGAGGUAACAGCAUUAUUUCUGGGUGAUUUUUCAGAAAACUAUAAAUUUGUAGUUCAGGAUGAAGUGCAAAGCUUUCAUUGGACAAAUUUACAAUGUACACUUCAUCCAGUUAUUUAUUUCAAAAAAGAAGGCAAGCACAAAUCCUAUUGUAUUAUUUCGGAUGAUAUGAUCCAUGAUGUGAACAUGGUUUAUAAAAUUAUUGAGUUUGUUUGCAAUGAUAUAAAAACAAAUUUGCCUCAAAUAAAAAAUAUUGAAUACUUUUCAGAUGGGUGUGCAGGUCAAUAUAAGAAUUGCAAAAAUAUGUUUAAUCUUUGUUUCCAUUGUGAAGAUUUUGGUUUUACUGCUAAAUGGAACUUUUUUGCAACUAGUCACAGUAAGCAAACUUGUGAUGGGAUAGGUGGUACAGUCAAACGUCUGGCAACAUUAGCAAGUUUGCAAAGAGAUAUGGGUAAUCAUGUUUUAUCUCCACAAACAAUGUAUAAAUAUUGCAAUGAAAACAUUGAAGGCAUAAAUUUCAUAUAUAUUUCAUCUGAAGAUUUAACUUUGGUGAGAACCGCUCUUAAAGAACGAUUGGAUACUACAAACGAUUGGAUACAAUACCUGGAACAGGUAGUUACCAUCAGUUUGGCCAUAAAAAGAUAGGCACUAAGCUAUGCAGUGUUGAUGAAGAAUUUGCUUUAAUUCAUGACUUUGAAAAUAUACAGAUAACAACUGUAAACCUAGUACCAGGUGAUUAUGCCUGUGUUUCCUAUGAGCAAAAGUAGUGGGUAGGAGUCAUUGAAGAUAUUAAUUUAGAAGAAAAAGAUGUGCUUGUAAAAUGUAUGUGUCCUAAUGGUCCUGCACGAUCGUUUAAAUGGCCACCAAAGGAAAGCCAAUGCUGGAUUCCUGAUGUCCACAUUAUUUGCAAAGUUGAGGUACCGAUAAAAAAAACAGGACUUUGCUACUAUUUAGCCAAAGAAGACUUUAAAAAAAUUAUUUUCUUAAAGGAGUAGAGAUUUUUAUAUUUAUGAGUCUAUAAUGUCUUAUCCAUUCUUUUUUUAAAUAUUAUGUUUUGUGAACUAACUUGUAAAUAAUGUGAA